GGUCAAGUGGCGCUCUGCUAGCGUCAACCAUAGCUGAAAAUAGAAGUUAUUAAACAUAAUUAAUCAUUUUGAUAUCAAAUAUGCCUCUAUGUGACAUUAACUCAUUUAGAAGAAAAGGAAUGAGUGAGGCUGAAACAUCAGAUAAUGUAGAACCCGGUUUCUGUUCCGCAAUAUGUACGGACAGAGAAAGUUUGCAAAGAGAGAUUCAGAAGCCCGAACUGAAGACGUCUGAUAUGUUCGCAACUUGCAAUCUACCGAAGAGAUUCGAGCACCCUCAUUGGUUUAAUGGUUAUGGAUGUCAAGUUAGCAAGCAGCACCCGUUUUAUAGAACUUCAGCCAAUGAAUACGGCUGGUAUCCACCGGGUCAACAUUCAAUACCGUCCGUGUUUUUUCCAAAGAGUCAAAAGUUUUCCAAUCAACUAGCGAAUGCUGGCAUGUACAGGAAUUACUCUCUCAACACAUCCAUGGAUCCUCCUCCUCCUAAAUAAGGUUUCUCGUCAGUUCCCACUGUAUUCUUUCCGGCUGGUCAAACGUUUACAAACCGCCUAGCCGCCGCUGGCAUGUACCGAAACUACAGCCUCAACACCGGCAUGGAUCCUGUUGGUUAUCGAUAAACUUUUAAUAUUAAUGUUUUAGAGAAUCUUGAAAUAUAUUGUAUCAAACAUA